ACGUCCCAGUGACAAUCCCGUGUAUGUACCUACUUCCCUCCUUUCUCCUCCAAUCCUAAAGUGCGACCAAACCAGCCCGGGCUGUAGAAAUUCCUCCAAUGUGAACCCCCUUCGCAAAAUGGGAGGCUCCAGUAAAGGCUCCAGUUCCGGCUCAGACAGCAACCCCCGCCAAGUCCAAUUCGGCCUCACCCAAGACGACGAAAGCGAAGAAAGCCUCGAUUUGGACUUAGCCUCCGAACAUUCGGAGCCCGAAAUUGACAACGUCAAUGAACGACUCCGCCACCAAACCCACUUCCCUGAUGAGGACUUCCAAAUUAAGAGUUUGAGUCGGGUUUUGGCCGUCGUGACCACAGUCAUGCUCCAAAUGUGUUACCAGAAAAUCGCCUUUUUUCGAACGAUUAAUAAAAUGCCCCGAGUGCCCACGAAUCUCGAAUAUGUGCCACUCGACGAGAAGUACCACAAUGCGGAGCGCGAGAUUGGGGUCAUUUUGCACCCAAGUGAGGAGUUUCUCAACUAUAGGAAGUUUCAGAAAGACUUGUCGUGGCUUGAGAAUGUCCUCAAAUCGGUCAUUAUUGACUUGCAAAAAAGCUUCUAUUUUGACGAUUUUAUCAAAAUUUUGAACGAGGAUAAUCUGACACGGCAAGAGGAACACACUUUACUCACCUCGAAGAUGUUUAAUCUUCACGAAGUGAAGAAACUGAGAACGUACCUCGAUUUAGAGAAGAAAGAACUCAACAGAGAACUGCAAGAUGUAACUGAAGAGUUGGGCAAUUUUAAAGAUCAAUUAAACGACGACAUUAUUGAAAGUGGAGUUAAACUAAAUUACCUCAAAGAGUGGCAGAAAUCACGUCAAGAGCAAAAUACAAGUAUUCUAAAUCGACAAGAACAAAAACUAAUCAAAAUGGCCGAAAAUAUGAAUGCAGAAAUUGAAAAAGAAAUUGUCAUUCACGAGGACAUGUUCAGUUUUUUGGAAAUGUCUCUCUCCGAGUUUCAGGAGGAAAUCACCAAAUGGAUGGAAAAAUAUGACGUGGAUAUGGAAGAACUCGAAAAGGCAGUCGAAAAGAAAAAAAUUGACUUGGAACAGCAGAAAGACAAUUAUUUAAAAUUACUGGAAGAGUACAAUUCGCGCCAAGAAGAGAUGGACAAAUACAAAGCCCACAAACUGCAGAUGCAGAGAGAGGCCGAGGAGCUCCAGCGGCAGACGAGGGCGGCGACCCGAAUCCAGGCCUGGUGGCGCGGCGUGAUGUUUCGCAAAGGGCUCGGGCCCUUCAAACGCAAAAAAGGAAAAGGGAAGAAAGGAAGUGGAUCCGGAAAAAAACCGAAAAAAUAAACGUCUAAA